AUCUAAUUUGCUAGCUCACUAUCUUCUGCAGGUCUGUCUCGGCAUUUCCAGCUCUCCUCCUCCCAGCUUCUCAUUGUCAAAAAAGUAUGGAUCUAGUGUGCACAUUUUAAUUCUAUGCAUUUUCUUUUAAGACUUCAUCAUCAGAAGAUGCAUGCAAAGCACCAUGGCCACGAAUCUAUGCAUAUGGAGAUGAUUCUUAUUCUCAUUGCAACCUUGGUAGUGGCACAGAUUGUACUCGUUCAAUGGAAGCAAAGGCACUGCAGGUCAUACAGUCUGGUAACCCUCCUGCAGAUGUGGGUUUUUCCUUUGUAUUUCACCAUCAAACUUUACUGGUGGCGAUUUCUGUCCAUGUGGGAAAUAUACGAUACUGUAUGAGAUUUUGGAGAUCUUCAGUAUGUUUCCUUUUCUCUGAUCCACAGGUUGGUCUACAAGUGGUUUCUUCUUCUCUAUAAACUGAGUUAUGCAGUUGGAAUUGUGGGUUAUUUAGAUAUAAUGUUUACCAUGUUUGGAUUUAAUUUAGCCUUUCAAAUCAAGACUGAAGAUUCCCUGGAUUUUGGUGUGAUUUUGCUGUUUUAUGGACUCUACUAUGGAGUGAUGGGAAGAGACUUUGCAGAGAUUUGUUCUGAUUACAUGGCUUCCACUAUGGGGUAAUUUUAUAAUGUCAGUGGGAUGCCUACAAGAAAUUUGUCCAACAACAUCUGUGCAGUCUGUAGGCAGAAAAUCUUUGUGGACAUAAAUGAGGAAGGGAUAAUUGAAAAUACCUACCAGCUGUCAUGCAAUCAUGUAUUUCAUGAAUUUUGCAUCCGAGGCUGGUGCAUUGUUGGCAAAAAGCAGACUUGCCCAUACUGCCGAGAGAGAGAGACAUUAAAGAGAAUGUUAAGUAACCCGUGGGAGCGUACACAUGUUUUGUAUGGGCAACUGUUGGAUUGGCUCCACUAUCUGGUGGCCUGGCAACCAGUUGUUAUAGGAAUAGUCCAUGUCAUUAACUAUUCGUUGGGCUUAGAAUAG